AUGAUUACAGAGAAACUGAAAGUCAAUGAUCUAUGGUACCCCGUGGCUCAUGGUGCCCCGGUCUCCCCUACAUCCCAUCAGCAACAACCCCGACAACAACGACGAUUGAAUCAGAUAUUGACGAUACCAUCGAGAUCGAAGCCAGUCCACUAUCCGCGGCAGAUUGCGGAGGACAUUCAUUCAUAUCGCACAAAAACGACUGCACCAAGUAUUAUAUGUGCAAUUUCGGCCAGAUCUCGGAACAGUCCUGUCCACCUGGACUUUACAAAACCGAUGCGAUUGGCCGGAGAACACCAAGUGCAAUACUACUCAACGUCAAGUGGAUGGAACGACUCAAAGGACGACAAGUACAGCAAAUUGGCUGGUAGCUCGUGGUCGAAUAGAAGAAAUUUUGUCGGAUAUGUCAUAAGAAUCAUCGAGCAGUACGGAUUCGACGGUCUGGAUCUUGAUUGGGAGUUUCCGGUAUGCUGGCAGGACAGCGAAAACUUCAUAGGACUUCUCGAAGAUCUCAGCGAGGCGUUCACAUCUCGAGGACUCCUGUUAUCCAUCGCGGUCUCGGCGAGCAAGAUCGUCGUCAACCGGGGCUACACCCGCCUCCCGCUAUUAGUGCGGCACGUGGAUUGGAUCGCCGUUUCGUAUGAUAUGUACUAUAUUUUCAUGACUUUCAGAUAAUAAUGGAACAGACACUUCGUUACGCUUUGUUUAGAGGGAUGAAUGGGAUGCGGAGCCGCCUUUGGAACCUCUAACAAAAAUGAGCCUGCCAGUAUCAUAUG